AACUCGCCUGCAAUUUGAAAGUCUAUAUAGUAAUUCCCAGUUUUUCUUCUAUCAAAAGAAUUCAAGAAUUCUAGCACUUUUAUGCGUCUCUCCAAUAUUAACAGAAAAUUCCAGACCCAUGGCUGGAAGAGCCUGGCAGGUGGAGAAUACUGUAAGGCUGAUUAUUGUAUUUCUCUUAUUACUAAUGAUUUCUAUUAGAGCAGAUCCAGAGACCAAACUAAUAGCCCCCGGAUGCAGUACCAGCCCCUACAACAACGCUACAGUCUUUGAGAAAAAUUUCAACGCGUCUCUGGCAGCCGUGUUGGAAGAUGUCGUUCCAUCUGGGUUUGCUAUAAAAAAUGAGGGGGGAGAAUCAGAUCAGGCAGAUUCAGUAUAUGUACUGGCGCAGUGUAGAAAGGAUAAGUCUUCUGCUGAUUGCGUUAAUUGCUUAAAGGCAGCUGAAAAACAAGCUCGAACCUGUUUCAAUAAUAAUUAUUGCGGCGGCAGGGUCACCUACGACGGCUGUUUUCUGCGCUUCGAGAACUCUAAUUUUUACAAUGAGUACACCGAUACGGGAAAUAAACAGGUGUGCGGUGAUACCAACGCACCGACCUCCGGUUUAAUUUCCUCAACUGGUCAAAGUUUGAUAAGCGAUCUUUGCACUGCAACUCCGGGAACAAAAGAUUAUUUUGCUGCGCAGACGAGAAAAGGGCCGUCUAAUACCACUAUCUACGGACUUGCCUCCUGUCUACGAUCCCUUGAGAAGGAUUUCUGUAAAAAUUGUCUGAGUAUUGCUCAGACCAACAUAGAUAAGUGUUUUCCUAGCUCGGAGGGACGGGCUAUAGACGCCGGCUGCUACUUGCGAUACAGUUCCGAACCCUUUUUUCCAAGCAAUGCCACUAUCGACUUGGCAAGUUUUUCACCCACAGGAAAGAAGAAGGUGAGUUCUCCAGUGUGGAUAAUAAUUGGUGUUGUGGGAGGGGUAUUCAUACUUGGCCUUAUAACUUGUCUGCUUGUCUUCGGGAAGCAAAUAAUGCGGCCAAGGCAGAAAAAAGCCGAUAUUGAAGGAGCAACGGAACUCCGUGGGCCAGAAGAGUUUGAGUUCAAGAUACUGAAAAAGGCAACUAACAAUUUUGAUCAAGCAAACAAGCUUGGAGAAGGAGGGUUUGGUGAAGUAUUUAAGGGUACAUUGAAAAAUGGCAAAGUUGUAGCAGUAAAGAAGCUUACAUUGGGUCACUCUGAACGUGCGAUUUCUGAAUUUGAAAGCGAAGUGAAACUCAUUUCUAAUGUUCAUCACAGAAAUCUUGUGCGUUUACUGGGAUGUUGCAGACAAGGGCAAGAAAGACUCCUGAUUUAUGAGUACAUGCCCAAUAGCAGCCUUGACAGAAUACUAUUUGGAAAAAAUAAAAGACUUUUGAGUUGGAAGGAAAGGUUCAACGUUAUCCUGGGCACUGCUCGUGGUCUGGCCUAUCUUCAUGAGGAAUUCCAUGUUCGAAUCAUCCAUCGUGAUAUUAAAUCAAGCAAUAUAUUACUUGAUGACAACUUUCAGGCAAAAAUAGCAGAUUUUGGGCUGGCAAGACUUCUUCCAAAUGAUAAAACUCAUGUUAGCACAAGAUUUGCAGGAACACUAGGAUACACAGCUCCUGAAUACGCUAAUCGUGGGCAAUUAACAGAGAAAGCUGACACCUAUAGCUUUGGCGUGGUGGUUCUUGAAAUCGUCAGUGGUAGAAAAAGCAUUGACUUGAAACAACCACCUGAUAUGCAUUAUCUUCUUCAAUGGGUUUGGAGCCUAUAUGAAGAUAACAAGAUUUUAGAGAUGGUGGAGAGUGAAAAGGAGAUGGAAGGGUAUAGCGAAGAAGAAGUGUUGAGGGUGAUAAACCUUGCGCUUCUAUGCAUACAAGCUUCUGCUAGACAUAGGCCGUCAAUGUCCGAGGUCGUGACAAUACUGUUAAGUAAAGAUGAGAUUGAGUUUCAGAAACCUCUACAACCAUCAUUCGUAGAUGCAGGGUACAAAGCACGUGGAGGAAGCUCCAAUUCUGGCACAUCUUCAUCUCGAUCAAAUGCCACGAUUACAGAAUCACUUAAUGCUCGUUAACAAUGGCUAUUUCUCUUGUUGAUGGACACAUUGAGAGUAGCAAGGAAGGAUGGAUUAUUUCUAAUUGAUUAUAUAAAUCCUCCUAUUUUCAAAUAGGAUUUAAAGUAUUCCAAUAUGUUUUUUCCAUUUCUAUCU